UGUGUCUGGGCGGUCAGGGGGUCAUUUUUGGUCACACACGUGGGCGUCACAGUGAACCCUUAGCUAGAACUUUCUCGGUAGUCUUCGGAGGGACCUUGGUGCUUCCAGAAACCCAUCCCCAUUUACAGUACGUCAUCAAACGGACCCUUUAAAGCGUCUGUAGCGGCUGUAAUGGCACAAUAUUCGGGAGCGAAGCAAUAUCAGAGUAUGAAAACACUGUCUCCAGUCGAAACGAUGGCAACUAACGAUCCUCUACCACCUGGGUGGGAGAUCAAAAUUGACCCGCAGACAGGUUGGCCGUUUUUUGUGGAUCAUAACAAUCGCACAACGACGUGGAAUGAUCCGAGGCAUGACACGAAAAAGAUUUUUUCAAAUGGCCCCUCUAUGUCCUCAGAGUCUCCUCAGGACAUGCACAAAACCUUUAUUCAAGAGAUGAGGCAACCAAUGCUACGCCAGGGCUACAUCCCCAUCCCAGUCUCCCAUGAAAACACCGAACCCAGGCUGCAGCAGUAUCCGAGUUUCUCCUACUUCCAUCCAGCAGUGCAGCAAAACUUGAGAACAGAUGGACGUACACCUUCCCCGACCCCAACAGCACACUGUCGGCCUAGAUCUCCAGUGCAGGCUCCAUCAGAGGCAUGUUUGUCUUGCUCUCCUGCUUCACAUGGGCCUGAGGUUCAUCAAACACAGGGGACACACCAACAAAUGAGUGGCCUUCAUCAACAGCCCCGACCCAGCAAUACAGGUCUCCGGUCGGGCUACAUCCCAAUUCCGGUGAUCCAUGAGGGUGUAGGGGGGGCCUUACAAUCCCAGCCUAGCCAAAGUUCUCAUCCCACACGAGAAAAAAUCCCAAUCUACCGUGAACAAGUGCCCAUUCAGAUUCAACAGAACCGCGCUGCCAGUCCCAUCCCAGUCCCCUUAAGGGCCCAGUCACCAGUCAUGUCUCAGAUCAUGGGAGAGAGACCCCAGAUCCAGCAACAUAUUGGACAUGCAGCAAUACCACCUAAAGCUGAACAACCAGUUGAAGAAAUUGUCAGAGCGCCACCUGCAUUUGAGAUUCCCAUUCAGAGAGUGAAUGAUGUUCCUCAGCAAAUACAUCAUCAGCCAGUACAGCAACAACAACAACAGCAACCUACACAAACACCUCAGCCAAAAGCACAACAACCUGUACCACAGUCACCGCAGGUAUCAGAGACAUCCAAUAUUACCAUACAAUUUCCUCCAGCACCAGAACCCCAGGAAACCGUUGCCCCUCAAACACCUCAAGACAUCCCACCUCCACAAGUCCAGCCUGAGGAGACUUUGGAACAAGAUCUGAGUCACCCAGGACUGAUCAAAGUGCAACAGAUAUUGGAACGUGUGGAGAAACUGGCACAGGAAGUGAAAUGUUUCGAUGGGAAGAAGAAUGAUAAAAGAUACUUGGUCCUGGAGGAGAUGUUGACCAAAGAACUGCUGGCUCUGGACUCGGUAGACCCUGAAGGUCGCCCAGAUGUGCGUCAGGCUCGGAGGGAUGGUGUCCGCAGAGUUCAGACCAUUCUAGAUGAACUGGAGGUGUUUGGAGAGCAGUUGGAAGGGCUGGCUGGUGACACAUACCCCGAGGCGAAAGGGGAGCAGAGUAUGAUUUACCAAGCAAACACAGAGAAGGUCAAGGAGAUUUCAUAAUCACACAAAUUUGAGAAGAACACUAAUCAAAUCCCCAUUCUUGUUUUUACUUGCACAAUUAUUAUUAGUUGCAUGCACAAAUAAUUGAAGUUUUCUGUUGGAAAUGAUCUAAUGUGAUUUGUUUACUGAGUGCAAUCGUGUGCUGUUAUGUGAUGCUGCUGUUGUCAAAUCUGCACCAUGCCAGUGUCUUAUAGCAAAAGACAUAGCGGUGACAAGUUUUAUUCAAAAACAUACACGAAAAUGAGGCCUUGAACCAGAAGAAAGUAUUUUAACGUCCAAUAAGUAUCUUUUGUACAAUGUGGAAUGAAUGUUAAAAUGCUUUUGAAUAUUCCUCAAGAACACACGUUUUUUGAAGUGGACUAUCACAGUGAAAAACUUUGAAUUGAUUUGUAACAUUUUUCAUGUGUUGACUAAAAUAGAAGAAAUGUAUACAUUUUAAUUAUUAAAGCAUUCAUUUUGGUUUUGGAUUCUGGGAAGGUUUUGUGUAUAUAUACAUAUAUACACUGUGUGUGUAUCUAUGUGUGUAUAUAAAUAUAUAUAUAUAUAUAUAUAUAUAUAUAUAUAUUAAAAUAAUGCCUUUUAAUAUUAACGAUAAAGGAGAAUAAUUGAUUGUUGAGAGUGAGCUUUGCUGACAAAAUUCCCUGAGAUGGUUUGAAUGCUUGUCAGUAUUGUUAUUUGUUGAAUGACCGUGAUACAAAUAAUGCUAUAUUUUUAUUCUAUUUUUCUGUGCCAAAAUGAACAUUUCCAGUAGUUAGAAUGUUCUUCUUAAAAAUGUUAAAUUUAACAAACAUUAAAAAUUCUCACUGAAUAUGGUCGCCUUAUGAUUAAGGAAUGGUUUGUUAAAGCAGUCAGGGUCAGUCCAAAGUUGUGGUGAUUCAACUCGAGGUACCAAAAUAAUUCUGUUUUAUCAACAUUGUGCCCUUGAGCAAGGCAACUUAAUCACAACUUGCUUGAAAUGGACUUGAAAUGAGUGUACCAAAUAUUACUUUGUAUAAUGUGUCAGCUCAAUUCAGUUUAAAACGGAGUGCUGUAUGUCUCACAAUACUGUUGUGAGCCUUUUUUAUCUCAAUGACCUGUUACUGAUUCUGAUAUCGUAAUAACACUGCGAACAAAACUGGUUUUGACAAGUCUGUUUUGUGAAAUAGUAUGCAAUGUUCAGUGUUCACAGCUUGGAAAUUUGCAGUUUGUUAAAAUGUCGACAUGAUAUGGUCACAUAAGCAUGACUGCAAAUAAAAAUAAUAAAGCAAUUUGCUUACA